AAACGUUUGGUUUUGUUAAAAAUUAAAAUCAAUUUUUAAGUAAAACAAAAAAUGAAUGUGGACAACUCGAGCAUGGAAUUAGAUCCCGAAGUGGCGAAACGUCUCUUCGCCCAGGGUGCAGUACUAAUUAUAGCUGGGGUUCCCAUCGGCACACAAUUUGGCAUCGAUCUGUGCAGCUAUACCAUAGGAGAAAAAUUCCGUGGAGUGAAAAUGGUUCCGCCCGGCCCGCACUACGUCUACUGUGAGUCUCAAGGUUUGUAUGGCGAUUCGGCGCCUCGAAUGGGAUUUGUCCAUUAUUUCCAUUGCAAUGAGAUUCUGGUGCGUGAGUGGGACAACGAGAAUGAGGAGCUUCGUGAACGACGCAUUGCCGACCCUGAAUUGGAGAAGCGAAGAAUUCGAGAAAACCUCCUCGAUCUAGAUGAGUUUCUUGCUCCGUACGACUAUCGUUUUGCCGGCGACUGGAAACAUCUCACCGACACAGUUUCCGAAGAAACAGUCAAUCGAUGUCGUCCGGCUUUGAUCACAAUUCGAACGAAUGUGGAACUUCAAUCGUGUCCAGACUCGGAGAGACCUCGCGGUGUGCCUGGAGUAUCGCCAAAAAUCACCAAAAUUACCAGCGAAGAUGAGCUCUUGCCGAAUCUUAAGCCAAUCGAGGGCACCGGACCCCGAUUCACAGAACUCCCCGAGAGAGUGCCAAAAGACGCCACGCCCGAGGAAGUAACCAAACACUACAUGGACUGCUCGCAGGCAGUAGACGAACUUAUGGCAGCAUUCGACAAUCCUGAGAAACUUAUCGAAGAAGUCCAGCUGUCGUUUGUCAUGUUUCUCAUCGGUUAUUCUGUUGAAUCGCUGGCUCAAUGGAGGAAAACUUUGAAUCUUCUUGCGAACAGUGAAGUUGCCGUUCAGAGAUUCAAGAUAUUUUACAUGAAGUACAGUGAGGUGCUGCAGCACCAGCUCCCACACCUCCCCGAAGAGCUCAUGGAGCCGAGUGAACACAAUACCGUCUACAAAGACGUUCGCAAUCUUCUGAUAAAUCUCACUCUCAGCGGCUUGAGCGUGAGUGCCGAGAGGCUGCGGAAGAUGCUGGCUAAAACAAUGAAGUGGGAAUUUGUGGGAUUGCUGGACGAUGAUCCCGAGGAUUUGCCUGUGAUUGUGGAAACUUAAAAUAAAGAUUUUUGUAUUCAAUAUUAAGUCAAAAAUUUGAUUUCUUUUAUUUAUUAAAUUAAAAUGUGAAAUUUU